AUGGAAGGCAAAGGGAAACUUGUGGGCUGGGGAACGACCGGCGUCGUCCAGCUCACCUCAACCGGCGUCGUGAUCAAGACACCCUGGAAAGGAGAAGAUCUAGCACAAUGCCGGAAGGACAUGUUGACUGAAGCGCGGGUGUAUCAACGCCUCGGCCGCCACCCUCGCCUAGUCGGUUUGCUGGACUGGGGCCCCGAGCACUACACCUUGACGCUGGAGUAUAUGCCGAACGGUUCUCUCCGGGACUAUCUGAAGGCCGACCCCAAUGGCAUCUCAGCUGUCCAGCGACUCAUUUGGGCGAAGGAGACAGCGGAAGGCGUGCAGCUGCUUCAUUCAGCCAACGUCAUAUACUGCAACGUGGGACCGAGAAACUUCCUCGUCGGCGGGGAUUUGGGCUUGCGGAUCGCCGACUUCAGCGGCUCCUCUUUUGAUGGCUCACGGGCGGUCGAAGACGACAUUUUCAGCCUGGGUUCAACCAUCUACACGCUUAUCAUAGGUCAAGACCCUUUUCGGGAACUUGAUAGCGACGAGGUCGAGACUCGCUAUGCAGCCCGCACGUUCCCGGAUGUGACGGACCAGUCCUGUGGCGAUAUAAUUCAGGGAUGCUGGGCGGGUGGCAUUUCCUCGGCUCAAGAGGUGGUUGACAUUCUGGCUGCAAAGUUGUUGACGGCGAAGGAAAAAGAACAGUCUGCCAGGUGUGUAGAGACAGGCUCGGGCAGCUCUUGA